ACGCACAGCGCGUCGUAGGCGUCUGAAGCCGCAGGCUCCCCCCCGGCUUCCCGGGACGCACAAGGCAGGCGCUGGGCGUGCGCAUGCUCGGCAGGCGGGGCCGCUGGAGUCUCCAGGCGCUGCAAUCUGUUGCACUGCCGCCCGCGGGAGCCAUCAGAUCCGGGUCUUGUGGCUAAGAGUGACGUGGUCACUCGAAUCAAAACAGAGGAGGGGGAGGAAGCCGGCAGCCAGGAGCGGCAGCGGCAGCAGCGUCCGGAGCAGCCGCAGCCUUCUGGAAGCUCCAGGCGGUCUUUCUGCCGAGCCUCGGUCCCGGCCCCCAUCCUCCCCGCCCCAUCGGUUGUUGUCUGGGCGGAUUUAAACAGUCAAGUAAAAUCAAGCUGGGUAAUCAUGGCAGAAGGUGGAUUCGAUCCCUGUGAAUGUGUUUGCUCUCAUGAACAUGCAAUGAGAAGACUGAUCAAUCUGUUACGGCAGUCCCAGUCUUACUGCACAGACACAGAGUGUCUUCAGGAAUUACCAGGACCCUCUGGUGAUAAUGGCAUCAGUGUUACUAUGAUCUUAGUGGCCUGGAUGGUUAUUGCAUUGAUCUUGUUCUUACUGAGACCUCCGAAUCUAAGAGGAUCCAACCUACCUGGAAAGCCAACCAGUCCUCAUAAUGGACAAGAUCCACCAGCUCCUCCUGUGGACUAACUUUGUGAUACGGGAAGUGAAAAUAGUUAACACCUUGCACGACCAAACGAACGAAGAUGACCGGAGUACUCUUAACCCCAUUAGAACUGUUCUUCCUUUUGUAUCUGCAAUAUGGGAUGGUAUUGUUUUCAUGAGCUUCUAGAAAUUUCACUUGCAAGUUUAUUUUUGCUUCCUGUGUUACUGCCAUUCCUAUUUACAGUAUAUUUGAGUGAAUGAUUAUAUUUUUGAAAAGUUACAUGGGGCUUUUUUGGUUGUCCUAAACUUACAAACAUUCCACUCAUUCUGUUUGUAACUGUGAUUAUAAUGUUUGUGAUAAUUUCUGGCCUGAUUGAAGGAAAUUUGAGAGGUCUGCAUUUAUAUAUUUUAAAUAGAUUUGAUAGCUUUUUAAAUUGCUUUUUUUCAUGAGGUAUUUAUAAAGUUAUUUGAGGUUGUCUGGGAUUGUAUGAAAGAAAAUUAGAACCACGUUGUAUUUACAUUUACCUUGGUAGUUAAUUUGUGGAUGGCAGUUUUCUGUAGUUUUGGGGACUGUGGGAGCUCUUGGAUUGUUUUGCAAAUUACAGCUGAAAUCUGUGUCAUGGAUUAAACUGGCUUAUGUGGCUAGAAUAGGAAGAGAGAAAAAAAUGAAAUGGUUGUUUACUAAUUUUAUACUCUCAUUAAAAAUCUCUAAUGUUAAGAAAACCUUAAAUAAACAUGAUUGAUCAAUAUGGCAGAUGAUUUACAGUCCAUUAUAUAACAUUUGUAAGCCACUCAACACUAGCCUUACAAGGUUCAUGAAAGGAGGAAAACAUUAAUUCUUUCUGCCUUUGCUGGUAUAAUCCACAUAAUAAUUUAAGCUAUAAUUUAUUUUUAAAAUGAGUGCCUCUUGGGAAGUUUCUUUUCUGUUCUAACACUGCCUGUUAAAAUGAAAAUCUUAGGCUGGUGCGGUGGCUCACACCUGUAAUCCCAGCACUUUGGGAGGCUGAGGUGGGCGGAUCAUUUGAGGUCAGGAGUUUGAGACCAGCUUGGCCAACAUGGUGAAACUCUGUCUCUACUAAAAAUACAGAAAAAUUAGCCAGGCGUGGUGCAUGUGCCUAUAAUCCCAGCUACUCAGGAGGCCAAGGCAGGAGAAUUGCUUGAACCCAGGAGGUAAAGGUUGCAGUGAGCUGAGAUCGCACCACUGCACUGCAGCCUGAGCGACAGAGCAAGACUCUCUC